AUGCAACCCGAAUCGCCCACGAAAUAGCAAACACAGUGCUUUCUGUAAAGAAUACGGACGUAUCACGUAACAUUUACUUGCGUUUUUACCGAAACCCAAAACCGCAAUUUUCAGGAAUAUAAUCAUGGUACCUACAGAGUUUAAGGCCCUGAUCCAGCGAUUUUAUGUCCUUCAAACAGAGCGGGUAGAGGCUUAUAGACUCUUUGAGGAAGGACACGAGGCCUACUUGAGGACAGGGCCUCACUAUGAUUUUGACCACUACAGACAGCUGGUGCAUGAGAUCACACAGGCCUUCUGCGGCAUCUCCAAAGAAGUGCUGGAGAUUAAGGAGAAACUGCACCAAAACUUUGACAGACCAGACCUCUCAGAGCACAUAGAAAAGCUUCAGAGCAAAGAGAAGCAGAAACUUGAACUGACAGCCAAAUUGCAGCUGGCCAAACAGAGGGCGCAGGAUCACCCUGAGGACGAAGGCUGUCAGGAAAAGAUUCAAGAGAUCAAGCAAGACAUCAUAAAGACCAAAGAGGCUCUGAGUGAGAUCAUGCAGGACUUCAAGUAUGACUCUGAGGAGUGUGACUGACGUGCCGUCUCCCAGGAAGUCCGCUACUCUCCUAGAUCGCCACAUGGUGAUUGAUGGAUCGACUCCUCUCUGCUGCUGCAACUUCUGCCUUGAACUCAUCCGCUGCAUUUAUCGAUCCCCCUCUGGCUCCACCCUGCUCAGUACCGCAGUCUCAUUUUACCCAGGGGUCAUUUCUGAUGCAGAUUGUGUGUGUGUGUGUGUGUGUGUGUGUGUGUGUGUGUGUGUGUGUGUAUUACAUGCAUGUUUGUAUGAAUACAUGUCUCAGCAAAGUCAUCUUGUGUUAAGAUGAAAUGUGUAAAUAAUCUGAUGUGACAUUUUAAAUAAAUCAUUCGGACGAAGCUUGCUCAUGUCUUUCGGAUACCUGAGUGUGAAGAUUUUUUUUAAACAAUAAAAACACAU